AGUUGGGCUGGAAAAACUAGGAAUCGAACAAAUCGUGGCAACAUGUCGAACCGGUCGGUCGUAGGAAUUACGGGAUUUUUGCUGUUUGCCCUGUUUAUCGGGAGCUCCACGGUGGUGGUAGCGGAACCGGGCGAAACGUUGGUGCUGCUGGACAAUUUGGCCAUCCGUGAAACCCAUUCCAUCUUCUUUAAAUCGCUCCAGGAACGUGGGUACAAGCUUACCUACAAGCUAGCCGAUGACGCCGGCCUUGUUCUGUCGAAGUAUGGCGAGUUUCUGUACCAACAUCUCAUCCUGUUUGCGCCGUCUGUGGAGGAGUUUGGUGGCUCGUUGAGCGUGGAAGCAAUUACGGAGUUUAUCGACAAUGGUGGAAAUGUGCUGGUGGCCGGUAGUACCAUGUCCGGAGAUCCGCUUCGUGAGCUUGCCUCGGAGUGUGGGUUUGAGGUGGACGAGGAGAAGGCAGCGGUUAUCGAUCAUCUGAACUAUGACGUGUCCGAUGCCGGGGAUCACACAACAAUCGUUGCAUCGCCUGAUAAUCUCAUCGAUUCGAGCAUUAUCGUUGGUAACCGUGCGUCGGUCGCUCCUUUGCUGUACCGAGGAACCGGCCUGUUGGCCGAUCGUGAAAAUCCACUCGUGCUGCAGCUGCUGACGGCGGACAGUUCCGCCUACAGCUAUGUGCCCGAUGCACCCAUCAAGGAGUAUCCGCAUGCGGUUGGCAAGGGAACGAUGCUGAUAGCCGCCCUGCAGGCACGUAACAACGCCCGGGUUGUUUUUUCUGGCUCACUGUUCUUCUUCUCGGAUGAAGCCUUCCUGUCGCCGGUUCAGCGUGCUCAGACCGAUGGCAAGCGUUAUGCCCGUUCCGGCAAUCAGGAUGUCGCGGUGGCCAUUAGCAAGUGGGUGUUUGGCGAGAACGGUGUAAUUCGGGUCCGGUCGGUGAGCCACCACAAGGAAGGAGAAUCUCAGCCACCGUCUUCGUACACCGUGACCGAUCCGGUGGUUUACACGAUUGAGAUUGAAACGCGCGCUAGCAAUGGCCAGUGGAAGGCAUUUGAAGCGUCCGAUGUACAGCUAGAAUUCGUACGAAUUGAUCCGUUCGUACGCACGACCCUGGUACCGGUGGGAGGUGGCAAGUAUGAGGCCCGUUUCCGCAUCCCGGACGUGUAUGGAGUGUACCAGUUCAAGGUGAAUUAUGAUCGUAUCGGUUAUACGCACCUGUACUCCACCACACAAGUGUCGGUGCGUCCGCUGACGCACACACAGUACGAACGGUUCAUCCCGAGCGCCUAUCCGUACUAUGCGAGCGCCUUCUCUAUGGUUGUCGGCAUGUUCUUGUUCUCGUUCCUUUUCCUGCACUUCAAGGACGAUGGAAGCAAACCGACCGCUCGUCCAGUAAACGAAAAGAAGGCACAAUAAGUUUGUAGCUGAGG